AUGGACUCCACCAAUGACAAUUCUCCACUAUUUGAUCUUAAUUCAAAACUUCCCUGCUCCAUAGAAAUUUCAGAGAUCAUAGUGAGUCAGCUCUCAAAUAUUCGGGUAUUAAUGAAAUCUAGAAAAAUCAUGGAGGAAACAUUUAGAAGUGAAGUUUUGAGUCACGAGGAUGAAAACUCUUGGCAACCCGACUGUGGUAACCAUGCCCAUAAAUUUGUGGUGGAACAUGGCGAUGAAGGUGAAGCCAAUCUGUUCGCUCUGACUUCUGAGCUUUCUUGGCUUCAGGAGAAAGCCGAGGAAGUGAAACGGUUCUUGCAAAGAGAAAUCCACGAUGAUCAGGAACAACCCAACUUGGCCCUCAAUUCCAUAAUCUGCCAGGAGAUCGCCACAUCUGGUUCGAUUUUGUCGGAAUCUCAAAGUUUGAGCUUUGCAGGUGAAGAAGAAAUUUUAGAAAUGGAGGAGGAUGACAUUCUUGCAGAGCACAGCCAUUUGUGCAGCGUCUGUGGGAAAGAGUUCCAGCGAGACGGUAACGUGCGCAUCCACAUGCGAUCCCACGGUGAGGAAUACAGAGGCAAGGAAACCCUAACAUCUAGCAGGCCCAAGGGCCAAAAGUCAUGCUAUUCGUGCCCCUUCAUGGGUUGCACACACAACAGGCGUCAUCCUCAUUUCAAGCACUUGAAAUCCAUGGCAUCCCUAAGAAAUCAUUACAGAAGAAGCCAUUGCGCUAGGAUGUAUGCCUGCAACAACUGCGGAAAGGAGUUUUCGUUCUUGGGAGAUCUGAAAACCCACGGAAACAAGUGUGGGCAUAGUAAAUGGCAGUGUUCGUGCAGCCUCAGCUUUUCAACGAGGAACAAGCUGCUUCGCCAUGUGGGCAUGGGACGACAAGGCCAUAAGCCUGUUCGUCCUCCUCCUGCUGUUGCUGCUCCCAAUGUUGAAAUCUCUACGGGCAAUCAUAGACAGCCAGUACGUUUUGCUCAAAACCCUAAUAUUCGAGCAGCAGGAAAUUCGUUAGUUUAA